CAUCCCUUCUUUGACACACCUCAAUGAACUUGAACAGACGACCGCUCAAGAUUGCUCAUACAUAUUUGUAGCCUCGCUGUCGAAGCUUAUUAUGACGACAACGUCAUUGACUGUUCUGAGAAUUCCAAAGUUACGUAUGGAAAGGUCACUUGUGGAUAUGCUAUUGAGAGCCAUCGGUACCAACUGCUCAUUGAGAGAUCUCUCACUGCAUUUUUGCGUCAUAAGUGACGCCUCUCAAUCAUGCCGGGACGAGUUCGCAGAUUUCCUGAAGAAUGAUUGCUGCUUGACGACCUUGGAGAUUUAUGGAGAUGGUCCUCACUCCGAACGUUGCUUGGCGUUUGUUCUGGACUGCCUUGUGAGCAACAGGACACUUACGGAGGUAGCCCUCAAGUCAUUUCGUUUCGAUCAAGCGAGUGCCGAGCUAGUACCAAAAGUCGUUGCGGAAAACAGUGUUCUGCGCGCCCUUAAUUUAACUGACCUAAGGGCAAGAAUCUCGAGAGAAAUAUUCGAUUCUUGGCUCCCAGCAUUCAUGAAAAACGAAACGCUUGAAGAAAUCACGCUGCCUCUCGGCAUCUAUGAGCUGGACCAGUGGCAGAACUUUCUCCGGACGUUGACUGGGAAAAAAAGGAUGCGAAAGGUGGCAAUCGAAACGAGGGUAAAUGGACAAACCAAUUUAAAAACGCUCUACGGAGAACUGCGUCAGUACGGUGUGGUAGACAUGGUGUUCCUGGAGCCUGUCAUUGUGCGUGACAGUCUCGACAUGCUCGAUUGCGAAGCCAUUAGAGAGGUCCACGUGUCGUCCUACGGUGGUCAACCAAGUGUUCCACUUUGGAAGACUAUACAUUUGUUUUCCUCGCUUUCUCACAUAACAUCUGUGAGUUUGGUAAUAAGUGAAGACGACUUGGACUCAAGAUUAUCUUCAACGAUCGCCGACUAUAUACAAACAUCGAGUACUCUCAAGAAAAUUCAUUUUAGCUCGUGCUCAACAUGGUCCCGGCUGAGAAGAGGUGAACAUCACUGGAAGGCUAUAUUUGAAUCCCUGUCUAAAAACAGUAGCAUAAAAGAAGUCAGCGUAAACUUGCGCAGCUUAAGCUGUGAAGAAAUGGACAGCCUCGCGUAUGCCGUCUUGUUAAGCCAGAGCAUCCGCACUUGCGACUUCGUUCUCGGAAGAGAACUUGAAUGGUUUGUGAGAAAGCUUGGCGACAACAUCGCCAACAACUACAGCAUCACGAACGCCAGCUUGUGGGCGGGUCAAGAUGGUCAAGAUGACCUGGGCCAAUCGGAGGACGCCACUCAUGAGUCGUGGUUUGCUGUCAUGGACACAGCGCGUCGAAACGCCAGCCUGGUGUCACGAGCUGCUCAACUUUUGUCUGGUCGUCGCUGCGACAGGUGCUGCUUCAGUGCUCUAGAACAUGUCUACCAGCAUCGCCCACUCCUCGAACGUCUCGCCGAAGUGAUGUCCUUCAGCGUCUCCGACACGGUCUCCAUGGUUCGAGAGGCGCUGAGGAGCGUGCAAGACAUGCACGGAUUCAUGAGGGUUGCUGGAGUCGUCAGGGAUCGAGUCGUGUGCCUCCCCAGCCAGGAUGGCCACAUGCAGCUGGACAACCUCAACGAGCACUGCUGGAGCCUGGUCAGGCGCUUCUUGUUGUUGGACGACGUACUCAUCGAUUCUGCCACGUCGUCAUAGAUUCUGCCAGAAUAUACAUUUUGUAUA